AAAAAAUUAUAUCAAGGGCAAAUUACAAUUAGUUAUUUAGACGUUUUAUACAAAAACCAAAGAGAAAAAAUAUAUUUUAAGAAUUUAGUCCAAAUAAAAUGACAUACCAAUUGACCAAUCUUAUACUUUAAUCUAGUCUAAAUAAAAAAAAUACAACCAGUCAAGCUCAAAUCGAAUUUGGCUUAUAAUAAGAUCCGGUUAGAAUACAAUAAUCUAUAAGGAAACUUGGAAAACUCCCCCCUGCACACAAACACAUAUUUAUAACUGAAUAACUGAAUAUCACCAAGAACUCAAUAACUCAACAAUGGAGAAACAAGAAGAAGUGAUUCUACUGGAUUUCUGGGCAAGCAUGUAUGGGAUGAGGGUCAGGAUAGCACUUGCUGAAAAGGGUGUUUCAUACGAACACAGAGAAGAAGAUUUGAGGAACAAGAGCCAGCUUCUCUUGGAGAUGAACCCGGUUCACAAGAAAAUCCCGGUUCUCUUACACAAGGGCAAACCAAUCUGUGAGUCUAGCAUCAUUGUUGAAUAUAUCGAUGAAAUCUGGAAAGACAAAUCUCCAUUGUUUCCUUCUGAUACUUACGGCAAAGCUCGUGCCAGGUUUUGGGCUGACUUUAUUGACAAAAAGGUAUUCCAACCUGGGAGGACUUUGUUGUACACAGCAAAAGGUGAAGAACAUGAGGCAGCAAGAAAAGAUCUCAUAGAUUCCCUUAAACUGAUUGAAGGAGAGCUUGGAGACAAGCCUUACUUCGGAGGUGAGAGCUUUGGCUACGUUGAUGUGUGUUUGAUUCCGUUUUAUACACGGUUUCGAGCCUAUGAAACAUAUGGGGAAUUGAACAUUGAAGGCGAGUGUCCAAAGUUGACUGCGUGGGCUAAAACUUGCAUUCAGAACAAGGAAAGUGUGUCUAAUGUUCUUCCUGAGUCGCUAAAGAUGCUUGGAUUAGUUCAACAGAUGAGGAAGAUACGUGGAGUCGAUGAGUAGAACUUCCAAUUGUAUAUAUGUUGUUAAACUUUCGAUCAUGUAUCGGUGUCUUUUACUUCUCUUUCUUGUGAAAAUCUCUUUAAUUUGAUGUCGAGUUUUCUUGUU